AUAUAAUAGGAGAGUUUCUCUCCCCCUGAUGCGACACGUCAGCGGUUUGUGGGUCCCACUUUUUAAAAGUGUGAAAAAGUGUCAAAUAUGUGAUUCGAAUCCAGGUUAUUGAGAUAUAAACACCCACAACUAUACCACUACACUAAAGGAUACUUUGUACAAUGAUGGCCGAAACUAAUAUAUAUUAUGAAGGUCGGAAAUUAAUAUAACAUUGUGGACCCCACCUUUUUUUUUUUUAAAUUGAUGGGUAACGAAUGGACUUCGACAAAAAGUGGGCUUUGCGCUUAUUGGUUUUCUGUUUAUUAGGCUUUGUAUCUGUCCAAAGUGGUGAUACAGACAAAGCUAAGAAGAUUAGGGAAGCCGCCAUCUUCACCAUCUCCUUCGUCGCUUGCGAUUCUCCUUCCGGCAAUCAGCUAUUAUGGUCGAUCUUUAAGGCUCUAUGCACGUUUUGCGCCUACCAAACGCUUAGUUUCUCCUCUAACGCCUUCAGAGCUCUCAUAUAUAUAGAAUCCCUCGAGCUGCUCCAGCCGCUUCAGCCGCCAUUGCCGCCGUUCCCUACUCCACCUUCAACUCUCUCCGCCUUGGAAGGUCCACUCAGUCCAUUGUUGGUCGGCUCAUCCGAUUCUAGGAUUCAAGUAACAUUAACAAGAAUUGAGAGUUUAUGGACAUCACCAUUCUCCUCCUUGAUGAACUGGAUUCUGUGAUCCACAGUUUCAUCCCUGCAAUCUCCAAACAAAAUAGAAAAACUGAAUGAAUUAUGUUUUUAGCAACCGAAUCUAAAAGAAAUAAAAGACAUCUUACUUAACAAAUUAAAACCUUUUAUUUUGCAGAUUCCGACGACGACGAAGCACCCGAGGACCAACGACAAUGGAAUGAUGCGGACGAAGCCUAACUGAUGGAUCCCACAGGUGAUGCUGUCCCGACGACAGAGAAAAAAAAAGAAAGAUAACCUAACGUUUUUUAUUUUUAUUUUUAGUUUUUAAGUUCAAAUCAUGUUUUAGACAUAGAGCCCAACAUAACUUGAGCCCAAACAUUUUAAACUCACAAUUACUUUUUCAUAAUGUAAAAACGUCAACCUUCGUUUAUGUUUUGUUAAACUAUUUUAAUCUUUAUGUUUUGUUAAACUAUUUCACACAGGGGGCAGAUCUCCUUAGAAGGGGAGCCACUCACCACGAUGCUUCCAGUUUCACCAUUCUUGAAACUCUUAUGAACCACAAAGCCAAUAUAAGAGCUCUGUUUCAAUCCAACGGCUGGAUUUUGUCACAGACCACCGCUAAGCCUGAAGAGGGAAGAGAAGUGGAGUGCUGCGUUUUGGAAGAUGGUUACUUGGAGUUUACAAGAUGAAGAUGGAACCCGUGACGAGGAAGACGAGGAGAAGUGUUACUUGGAAUAUCCUAACGUUAAGGAUGUAGACAAUGUGUGAUCUUAGCGAUGAAAAUUAGUGUAGCUUUAAUAUAUGCUACUACGGUCCUUGAGCUCCCUAACAAGUACUAGCAAACAAUGUGAAUUUUGAAAAAAUAAAAUAAUUUUGUAAUGCAAGUAGUUUGAAAUUUUGAGUA